AGGCUGAAAUUUUAUUUUUUUCUCUCCAACUCCUCUUUUUUCCCAAUUUGUAGUGUGACUAGGGAGCCCUCCAAAUCACACUCAAAGUGCCACUCACUCUGCUGCUCCAUGCACUGAAGAAGCAGUGUCCUUUUGGAGCUACUGGGCACUGUAAAACCCUUUGCAAUUUGUUCUCUUUCUCCCUUCUUCCUCACCAUGGGCGAGACCUGAAUGCAAUUCAAGAAUUUCCCCCAACUUACCUGUGAGGAGAAAACAAGAAAAGACAGUGUGGUACAGAUUCGCUGCAGUGUAGAAAAACAUGGAGGAAACUCCGUCAUCGAAAGUAUCGGAUGGGAUUGUUAAACGUAUCAAAUUUGGUUUGGCUACACCACAGGAAAUAUGUAAAUCCUCUAUUAGCGAUUGUCCGAUUACGCAUCCGAGCCUACUUUUAAAUCCUUUCCUUGGUCUGCCUCUCGAAGCUGGCAGAUGUGAAUCUUGUGGUACUGCAGAGCCUGGUCAAUGUGAAGGUCAUUUUGGGUACAUUGAGUUGCCCAUUCCUAUAUAUCACCCUGACCAUGUCAGUGAGUUGAAAAAGAUGCUAAGCCUGAUUUGCUUGAAGUGUUUAAAGAUGAAAAACAGAAAGUUUCAGGUCAAGCAUGCUGGUGUUCUUGAACGAAUGUUGUCCUCAUGUUGUGAGGAUGUCUCACAAAUCUCAGUAUAUGAGGGCAAAACCUCAGAUGGCGCUUCCUAUUUGGAGCUGAAAGUACCAAAAAAUGCUGCAAGGCUUCAAGAGUGGAAUUUCUUGGAGAAAUAUGGCUACCGCUACGGUGACGGUUAUUCUCGACCUUUGCUUCCUUCUGAGGUCCUUGCAAUUCUGAGAAGAAUUCGUGAAGAUACGAGAAAAAAGCUAUCAGCUAAAGGCUAUUUCCCACAGGAGGGAUACAUCCUGCAAUACUUACCAGUACCUCCUAACUGUUUGUCUGUGCCUGAUAUAUCUGAUGGGAAUAACAUCAUGUCUUCGGAUCACUCUAUAACAAUGCUCAGGAAGGUGCUGAGGCAGAUUGACAUAAUUAAAAGUUCAAGAUCUGGUACACCUAAUUUUGAGGCUCAUGAAGUGGAGGCAAAUGAUUUACAAGCAGCAGUUGUCCAGUAUCUCCAAUUUAGGGGGACAGGCAAGGCAUCCCGUGAUGUUGAUAAACGUUUUGGAAUACACAAGGAAGCAGUUGAUACCACCACUAAAGCCUGGCUAGAGAAGAUGAAGACCUUGUUUAUCAGAAAGGGGUCUGGUUUCUCAUCUCGAAGUGUCAUAACUGGUGACCCAUACAAAGGGGUGGGUGAGAUUGGUUUGCCAUGUGAAAUUGCUCAGAAAAUCACUUUUGAGGAGAGAGUAAGUCAGCACAAUAUGGCAUACUUACAGAAAUUGGUGGAUGAAAAGCUUUGUUUAACCUAUAAAGACGGGUCAAGUACUUAUUCUUUGAGAGAAGGGUCAAAGGGGCAUACAUUUCUACGACCUGGGCAAAUAGUGCACAGGAGGAUAAUGGAUGGUGAUACUGUUUUCAUUAACAGGCCACCCACAACACAUAAGCACUCCCUCCAAGCCUUGUCAGUGUAUGUCCAUGAUGAUCACACUGUGAAGAUCAACCCCUUAAUGUGCGGGCCCCUUAGUGCUGAUUUUGAUGGGGACUGCAUUCAUUUGUUUUACCCUCAGUCCCUUUCUGCCAAAGCAGAGGUUGUGGAGCUUUUCGCCGUAGGGAAACAGUUACUGAGUUCUCACACUGGUAACUUCAAUUUGCAGCUUGCCACUGACUCAUUGCUGUCGUUGAAGUUAAUGUUCUCAAAUUACUUCUUCAAUAGAGCCGCUGCGCAACAGUUAGCAAUGUUUCUUCCGAUGGCCUUACCUGAUCCUGCUCUAGUAGAUGUUCGUAAAUCUGGUAUCAUGUGGACGACCUUGCAGAUCUUGGGGGCUGCUUUACCGGAUAGCUUUGAUAGUUGCGGGGAGACACACACAAUUGGGAAAAGUCAGUUCCUGGGAAUUGAUUACAACAGAGACUUGAUUUCAUCAAUUCUGAAUGAUGUUAUCACAUCUAUCUAUUUUAUGAAGGGUCCAAGUGAUGUAUUGAAGUUCUUCAAUUCUUUACAGCCUCUUUUAAUGGAGAAUUUGUGCACAGAAGGUUUUAGUAUUAGUCUCCGAGAUUUCUAUAUGUCAAAGGCUGUUAGGAAUGGUAUCCAGGAGAGAAUUCAGUGCAUGUCCAAGUUGCUACAUCAUUUGCAUUCAUCCUAUAAUGAGUCCGUAGAAGUACAAUUGGAGCAUCACUUGCGUAACGAGAAACUUCCAGUUAUUGACUUUGUGCUCAAGUCGUCUGGCAUGGGUGUUCUAAUUGAUUCCAAGAGUGAAUCUGCCUUUAAUAAGGUGGUUCAGCAAAUUGGUUUCUUAGGCUUGCAAAUAUCAGACAGAGGCAAAUUUUACACAAAGACACUGGUAAAUGACAUGGCUCGACUGUUUCAGAAGAAGUAUCCUUCUGCUGGUACUAAUCCUUCCGAGGAAUUUGGGUUGGUUAGAAGUUGUCUGUUCUACGGGUUGGACCCUUACCAGGAGAUGAUUCAUUCGAUCUCCAGUAGAGAAGUGAUUGUCCGCUCAACCAGGGGAUUAACUGAACCUGGGACAUUGUUCAAGAAUUUGAUGGCCAUUCUCCGCGAUGUAGUCAUUUGUUAUGACGGGACCGUUAGGAACGUUUCCAGCAACUCAAUUAUUCAGUUUGAAUAUGGGGCUAGCGGUGGGUCAAAUUUACCAAGUGAAUUUUGUGCUGGUGAUCCAGUUGGAGUGUUGGCUGCAACUGCUAUGUCCAAUCCUGCAUACAAGGCAGUUCUUGAUUCAUCUCCAAGCAGUAAUUCCUCCUGGGAGAUGAUGAAGGAGAUACUGCUUUGUGGAGUGAGCUUCAAGAAUGAUGUUUCUGACCGUCGAGUAAUCCUUUAUCUGAAUGAUUGUGGAUGCCGUAGAGGGUACUGCAGAGAAAAAGCAGCGUACGUUGUCAAAAAUCAUUUGAGUAAAGUAUGUCUUAAGGAUGCUGCUGACGAGUUCUUGAUAGAAUACGCAGGCCAACAAGCAGGAUAUGAGAAUUCUGAAACAGGGACAGGCCUCAUUGGUCAUAUCCGUCUCAACCAGGGGCAGCUGGAAAAUUUGGGAAUCAGUGUUCUUGAGGUUUAUGAAAGAUGCCAAGAAAAUAUCAGUUCAUUCCAGAAGAAAAAAAAAAUUGGCAAUCUUUUCAAGAGAAUAGUUUUGUCAGUGAGUGAAUUUUGUUCGUUUUGCCACAAUUCUGGAAGUAAGUGUUUGAAUGCACCAUGUUUGAGGUUCUCUUGGCCAGAUGCGAGUGACGAUCACUUGGAGAGGGUUUCUCAUAUUCUUGCUGAUAUGAUAUGUCCAAUAUUGUUGGAUACAGUUAUCAAAGGUGAUCCAAGAGUUUUAAGUGCAAAUAUAGCGUGGAUUUCUCCUGACACAAUGUCUUGGAUUAGGAGCCCUUCCAAGAGUCAAAGAGGUGAAUUAGCUCUGGAUAUUGUUCUCGAGAAAGAAGCUGUUAAGCAAAGGGGAGAUGCUUGGAGGAUUCUCAUGGAUUCCUGUCUUCCUGUCAUCCAUCUGAUAGACACUACACGCUCCAUCCCAUAUGCAAUAAAGCAAGUCCAAGAACUGAUUGGAAUUUCUUGUGCCUUUGAGCAAGCCGUUAAGCGCCUAUCAACGUCAGUUACAAUGGUCACAAAGGGUGUUCUCAAAGACCACCUAGUUCUAUUGGCUAAUAGCAUGACAUGUGCAGGAAAUCUGGUUGGUUUCAAUGCUGGUGGAAUAAAAGCCUUAUCUCGAUCGUUAAAUGUGCAGAUACCAUUUACAGAAGCAACACUAUUUACCCCAAGAAAAUGCUUUGAGAGGGCUGCUGAAAAGUGCCAUGUCGAUUCUUUGUCAAGCAUUGUGGCUUCUUGCUCCUGGGGGAAGCAUGUGGCAGUUGGUACGGGAUCUCGAUUUGAAGUUCUCUUGAACACAAGAAAUGUUGAAUGGAAUAUACCAGAUGCACGUGAUGUUUAUAGCUUCCUGCACUUGCUGAGGAGCAGCUCUGCUCAAGAAGUUGAAGGUACCAGUUGUCUUGGUGCAGAAGUUGAUGAACUAGAGGAAGACGAAGAUAUGGGAUUAUACUUGUCUCCCAAUCGGGACUCUGGUUCUGAUAUGCCCACUUUUGAAGAUAGAGCUGAAUUUGAUUAUAAUGAAAACUUAGAUGAAGGAAAACCAAGUGGUUCUGCAUGGGAGAAGGCCUCAUCUGAGAGUGUAAAAUCAGGUGGUAGCUGGGAUAUGGCUGGCAAAACCCAAAAUGGUGCUGAAAAGGGUGUCAAUCAGUCAGAUUCCUGGUCUGCUUGGGGAAAAAAGGUUGAUGAAACUGUGAGUAAUCCUCAUCAAUCUGGGAAUGGAGAGCAGCUAGGAUCAUGGUCUGCCUUGGGAGAAAAGGCCAAGGAAGCUGAAAGUAAUCCUCAGCAAUCUGGGGUUACAGAGCAGUCAGAAUCAUGGUCAGCAUGGGGAAAAAAAUCGGAAGGAGAUGGUAAAAUUGUGGAAAAAGGUGGUGGUUCUUGGGGUAAAAAGGUUGAGACUCACCAAUCUGGGAAGGAAGAGGAGUCAGGAUCUUUAUCAUCCUGGGGGAAAAAGGUGGAAACAGAUGGUGCUUCUUCUUGGGGGAAAAAGGUGGAAACAGAUGGUGCUUCUUCUUGGGGGAAAAAGGUGGAAAAAGAUGGUGGUUCUUGGGGGAAAAAGGUUGAAACUGAGAAUAGCCUUCAACUAUCUGGCAAAGAAGAGCAGUCAGGAUCUUGGUCCUCAUGGGGAAAACAGGUGGAAAAAGAUGGUGAGUCUUCUUGGGGGAAAAAGAGUGAGGAACCUGAGAAUAACCUGCACCAGUCCGGGAAUGGAGAGCAGUCAGGAUCUUUGUCCUCAUGGGGGAAGGUGGAAAAAGAUGGUGGGUCUUGGGGUAAAAAGGCUGAGAGUCAUCAAUCUGGGAAGGGAGAGGAGUCAGGAUCUUUAUCCUCAUGGGGAAAAAACGUGGAAACAGAUGGUGGUUCUUCUUGGGGGAAAAAGGUGGAUAAAGACUCUGGUACGUGGGGGAAAAAGGUGGAUAGAGACUCUGGUUCUUGGGGGAAAAAGGAGGAUAAAGAUGGUGGUUCUUUGGGGAAGAAGGUUGAAACUGAAAAUAGCCCUCAACUACCUGGGAAUGAAGAGCAGUCAGGAUCUUUCUCCUCAUGGGGGAAAAAGGUGGAAAAAGAUGGUGAUUCUUCUUGGGGGAAAAAGGUGGAUAAAGACUCUGGUACGUGGGGGAAAAGGGUGGAUAAGGACUCUGGUUCUUGGGGGAAAAAGGAGGAUAACGGUGGUGGUUCUUGGGGGAAAAAGAUUGAAAUUGAGAAUAGCCCUCAACUAUCUGGGAAAGAAGAGCAGUCAGGAUCUUUGUCCUCGUGGGGGAAAAAGGUGGAAAAAGAUGGUGGGUCUUCUUGGGGGAAAAAGGUUGAUGAACCUGAGAAUAAUACGCACCAUUCUGGGAGUGGAGAACAGUCAGGAUCUUGGUCCUCAUGGGGGAAGAAGGUGGAAAAAGAUGGUGGUUCUUGGGACGGGCCUAAACAGUCAAAUUCUGAGUCGUCUUGGGGAAAAGUUCCUAAAGGUGGUGGAUUAGGUUCAGCGACUGCUGAAGGCAAUAGAAGGCUUGAUCAGUCAGCUAAUGAUUGGAGCUCUAGUAUAAGUAGAGAUGGGCAGUUCAAUGAAUCAACACGUGACGACUCUACAAAGAAUGGUGGUUGGAAUUCUUCAACUGUUGGUGGUUGGGACUCUCAGAAGGUUGGCGUUGAAGAGAGUGAUAAGCAACCUCAAUGGGGUCAGCGCAGACGUAAUUCAAAAGGAGAUUUUAAGGAAAAUUCUCGAGGUUGGGCCUCUGCUAGUGGUGGAGAGUGGAAGAACAACCGGCCUGCAAGAUCAGCUGAUGACUCCAACAGAGGUGGACAUUUUACAGCAACAAGGCAAAAGAUGGAUAAUUUCACAGCAGAGGAACAAGAAAUACUUUCAGAUGUUGAUCCUAUUAUGCUGAAAGUCAGAAAGAUAAUGCAUGGGACAGGGUAUAAUGAUGGUGACCCAUUAUCUGCUGAUGACCAGUCAUAUAUUAUCGACACUGUUCUCAAUUACCAUCCGGAUAAAGCUGUCAAGAUGGGAGCUGGUCUUGAUUAUAUCACUGUUAGCAAACAUACAAACUUCCAGGAUACCAGAUGCUUCUAUGUCGUCUCUACUGAUGGUGCCAAGCAAGAUUUCUCCACCCGGAAAUGUCUGGAGAACUUGGUCAGAUCAAAAUAUCCUGAUAAGGCUGAGACUUUCAAUGAAAAGUACUUCAAGAAGCUUCCACCUCGUGUCCCUAAGAUUGCUUCUCCAGCACCAGCACCAGCACCGUCACCAGCACCAGCACCAGCACCGUCCGUUGGUUGAUCUUCUCCUUAGUUUGGAUAGUUGUAUAGUUAACGUGUCCGCCUUGUGUUAACUGAUGGUAAAACAACGAGCUAAACGAAAUGUGCAUGUUGACAAAUUGGCAGUUAGAAAGUUUGUUGUGUAUAUAGUUUAGUCCUUAACUUUAUAGAAUUUUCAAUGAAGUCCCUUUCAUCGCUGUUUGGCAACGGAGGCUUAGCCUAGAACCUUUGUAAUCCACCUCUACUGGCAUUGAUGAAUGAUUGAUAACUUCCAUCUCUCUCUAUUUUGUUACUAUUUCCAUUUCA